GAACCUCAAUUAAAACCAGGACCAGGACCAAAGGAGUCCAGCUCAGUCUGAAGCUGCAGUCAUGGUUGAGGUGAAGCAGCGGAGCAGCGAGGCGUCUCCUCCGGACGGGGGAUGGGGCUGGGUGGUCGUGGGCUCCUGCUUCAUGGUGACGGUCUGCACACGAGCAGUGACCAGGUGCAUCUCCAUCUUCUUCAUGGAGUUUCAGGCUCAUUUUGGAGCCGACUACUCGGAGACAGCGUGGAUCCACAGUCUGCUGGACUGCACCACCAUGCUCUUUGGUCAGUGCCUUCACCCACCAGCAGCCUGCAGGGGGCGCUGCACCGCUCUGACUGCAGCUGUGUGUUUGUGUGUCCAGCUCCUGUGGGCAGUCUGAUCGGGACCCGGUGGUCCUGCCGGGGGACGGUGAUGUUGGGAGGACUCAUCUCGUCCUGUGGCCUCCUCCUCAGCUCCUUCACCAGCAGCCUGGAGCUGCUCUAUGUCUUCAUGGGCGUCCUCACAGGUCUGGGUUUCGCUCUCUGCUACACGCCGGCCAUCGCCCUGGUGGGUUGUUACUUCCGGCGGAGGAAGGCCCUGGCGUACGGCGUGGCCAUGUCGGGCAGCGGCAUCGGGACCUUCGUGUUGGCCCCGGCGGUGCAGCGGUUGAUCCAGCUGUACACGUGGAGGGGGGCGCUGCUCGUCCUCAGCGCCUUCGUCGCCAACCUCUGCGUCUGUGGGGCGCUUCUUCGACCAAUCACACUGCGGGAGGAGGAGGCGGAGUCAGAGGGGGAGGACAGACGUGGUCCCGUGUCCCCGCAGGACGCCCAACUCGCAGUGAAGCUCUCUGAAGGUGGAUGUUCAUCCUUAGGGGCGUCGCCCUCUCCUUCGUCUUCACCGUCGCUGCCCCUGCUGCCAGGAAACCCCGCCCCUCAGGUGGAGCGGAGGCGCUGCUUCAGCUCCUGGUCCAGUAGGGAGUACCGCUUCCUGCUGCUGCCGGACUUCCUGCUCCUGGCCGUGUCCUUCCUGUUCUUAGCCAGCGGCUGCAGCCUCCCCUUCGUCUACCUGGUGCCCUAUGCUCUGCACGCCGGCGUCAGCCACCAGCACGCCGCCUUCCUCAUGUCCGUCCUCGGAGUCAUUGACAUCGUGGGGAACAUCACAUUCGGCUGGCUGACCGACCACAGGUGGUUGAAGCCGUACCGUCUCACCUGUUACAUCCUGUCCGUGGCCAUGGAGGGUCUCUGCUGCCUCCUCCUGCCGCUGCUUCGCUCGUUCCCGGUUCUCGUGCCCUUUGCGGUUCUCUUCGGAUACUUCGAUGGCGCCUACGUGGCGCUGAUCCCCGUGGUGACGUCGGAUGUGGUGGGAGCUCAGCACCUGUCCUCGGCGCUGGGUGUGGUCUAUUUCCUCCACGCCGUCCCAUAUCUCGUCAGCCCCCCCUUCGCAGGUUGGCUGGUUGACAUCACAGGAAGUUACACAGCCACGUUCCUCCUCAGUGGCUCCGCCCAGCUGGCGAGUGCGCUCAUCCUCUGUACCGCUGCCGGGAUUCGUCGCUGCUGCCUCCAAGAAUGAGCCCCUCCCCCUCGGCCUAUCAGCCAAUCAGACCGUGUCCUCGCUUUCAGCUCGUAGCGUUGAGCUCCUGUUUUUAUUUCAGAGGAACAAUCACGUUCAUUCUGACUGUGAGCUUCCUGUUCCUGUCAAAAUAAGAGUCCUGCUGGUUGUUUUAUGAUGAAAAGACAGGAGUGAAGGAAGAACAGUCCACCUGUUUGGUACCUGGGUGACAGACGCUGUUCUAGAUCAGAACAUUCACAGAAAAUAAAAUGUCUUCUAUUAAACAUUUGUCACGUGAGAAAAACAAGUGAAGCAAACAAUGAACAUUCUGUCAAAG